ACGCGAAACCACACCGCAACGUUAAUAGUGUGACUAUAUCGUGCCUCUAUAAAAGCUAUUGAUUACUCAUAAACACUCGUCAGUCGUCAUUCGAGCAGCCGCAGCAACAAUCCAAUAAUAAACGCGAGGAAAGGGUAGUACCUGAGUCGCUAGAAGAGCGAGAGAGAUAGAAAAGCCGUGACUAAAAUUUACGCUACGUUAGGCAAUUUGAAACUCGAUCCCUUUUUGUUAGCUGCCGAAAAUUGACGCCCAUAAAUCGUUGAGCGUGCAUAGUGUUGUGCGAAACCUGGCGCUAAAGGCAAAUUAAGAAUAGUGGAAAUUGCUCGGGGUGUUUUUUCGCGAGGAUUAACUGUUUUUGUUCCGAUUUACGGUACAACGCGGAACCAAGUGCGGGUGCAAAUAUCUGUGAAAACAGACUCGUUAUUUCGGAACCGGUGGACAGUUCAUUACUCAUUGUUGCGUUAACAGGUUCUUUUCGCUUGCGAUCCCAUUGAAAUAGUGAGUUGAAAAACAACGUGCGACCAAACUCACACCGGUAUCGCUUUACCACGUCGAAGCAUCGAAGCGGUUGUUAUUGCUGAGGGUCACCAACAUGAAAUUUUACAUGUUUACACUGGUGUUGAUGGUGGCAUUUGUUUGCUACGUUUGCCAUGGAGCCGAAAUUCCCCCGCCUACGGUACAGGAGAAUGGAGGAGAUAUCGUGCGGACAUUCCAGGGUGUAAGUGUGUACAAAAUGGAACGAGCGUGUGCCAGACAGGGUGGACUUUGCGUUCACUCAAGCGACUGCCAGUCUCAUACCGCCAUCAAAGGACUUUGUCCUGAGAAUGCUAAUCGGGGCGUCGAAUGCUGUUAUGAAGUAAACAAACCGACCGCAAUUCAUACUUGUGCCGAACAUUUGGGUGAAUGUAUGACUCAUUGCGGUGUGGCAGGUUUGAGACGUUCGGCAACCGAUUGCGCGGAGGAUGAAACGUGUUGCGUGCUGGUGGUGUAAUUGGAUGCUGUUCAGGCAGAAUUCUAUGUAUUCAGAAGUAUACAAAAUGAUGACAAUUAUAUGUUAUAUUUGAUGGUUUAGCAUAGGCGUUAACAUAAAAGGGUGAGCCCAUCACAUUGGAGAACAUUGGACAAAUUAGGUUGAAUGUUCGACGUAAGAGCUUUGAAUUGUUCUUUAAGUCGUUUAUGCUGCUAGUCUACAUAUGCAAAAGUGAAAACACAGACAAAAAGAGUGAAUACUUUCAAUGAUUCUUUGUCACCAUAAUGAGUGGAAAUGUAAUGGAAUAAUUUCCAAAUAAUUUUGUUAUGACAAUAUUUUUUUUUGUUAGAAGCUUCCAAAAUUGUUUGAUAUUUUUUGAGUCUUUUAAAUGUUUUUUUUAUAUGCAGGUUUUAACAAUUAUGAUCCAGACAAAAAGCAUAUA